CAGAGACUUCAUAUCACAACGAACAACUUGAUCUUCGCUUUACUAAAAUUCCAAUACCACAUCGAAUCACUUCUUGAUCCCAACUCUUUGCAAAAAUGGCAGCUCUCACGAAAUCAAUGCUUUCCUUCCUGUUCCUCACGGCUGCUUCAAAUGAUUCACCCCUCACACCCCGUGCUGAUACGGUCUUCAGCCUCACAGACCUCGUAUUCAACACCACCAACACUUACAGCUCACCGCCACACGUCUCCAUUUGGUCUAGGAGCGUCUCAUUCACAUUGACCAAUACCGCCAUCUCCCGCUCUAACAAAUGCCAUGGUAAGUCUAAUACUCAGCACCCAUUAGCAUCUCCACAAAACACAUGCUAAUUUGCCUUGUCUGAAUAGUCGUCAGCAACAAUAACCCGGCAGAUAUUUUCUUCGACGGGAAUCAGGCAUUUAUUUGUGAUGGAGGCGUUCCGAGCUUCAGAUUCAAGGCCGUCUAUAUCAAUGAUGGUGUCUUUACUGUGCAAGAUGAUACGUAAGUUAUCUUCUUAUUUUGGGGGGGGAAGUGUUUGUUGCUAGGGUGGGAAUAUGUGUUGACUUUUGGUAUAUACAGAGGAGUCUCUGGAACAGGAACGCCGGAUUUUACCUGUGUGUACAUGGAUGUUAUUAAUCCUGAUUGGCCAACCACUUCGCCUUACAAGGUCUCCAGUAGUUCUUGUACUCAGACUGAGUUGUUGAUCGCUGCUGCUUAG